AUGGCACCAUUGUUCAAAGUCCGCGCUCCACCAAGUGGUGAAAGAAGCAACAAAAUCGAUCUCACUGGCUAUGGAAGUUCCAAUUUGAAUCCUUCGCACAGCCGGGAUGCGACGGAAAAAUCAAGCAAAAUUCGCAGGUCCAAGGGUUUGAAUGUCCAGUAUUUGCCGUUCAUGAUUGUUGGAUUGGUGCUCUUUGCUUUUUACAGCAUGUAUUCUGCCAAAUAUCGGUCCGGGUCUGUCAUGAAGGACAUUUCCAACAAUCACGCCUUUGGAAUGAUGAAACAACAACAGCAACAGCAACAGCAACAACAGCAACAAAUGGCAGUACCAGUAGCAGUAGGACCAUCAGUGGAAGAUGAAAAAGGAUUGGCCGAAAAAGUUGCCACAUUGGAAAAGGAGGUCCGAUCGUACACGCCAAUGGAAGGAAUGUUUAUGGAAAACGAUCCAACUGCUCAGAAAAUGAUAUCGGAACUACAACAUUGGACACGAGCCCUGAUUCUGUCCAGAUAUGGAAAUCAUAAUACCUUUCGAGUGGCGUUGGAUUUGGAAUUUCCACCCAGCAUUCCGGACUACAACGACGAAUCAAAGACCGGAAGAGUGGUCUUUGAAAUGGCAUCCAUAGAUCUGAUACCCUGCAGUGUCUUUUACUUUUUAGAGAUUGCGCGGACCUUUCACAAGGGUUCCUUUAUUCGGAAUGCCGCCCAUGUCCUUCAGGCCAAUGCCAUUUCCAAAGUCCAAAAGAACAUGCCCUUUCAAGAAUAUUCUCCCGAACAUCCACACAAGAAGGGUUCCACCGGAUAUGCUGGACGACCGAGUGGACCUCAAUUUUAUAUUUCCAUAUUGGACAAUACCAAUGCCCAUGGACCGGGCACCCAACAAAAAGCCAAUCCUUAUGAAGCGGAUUCCAAUUUUGGUGACGUGGUGGAAGGAAUGGACGAUGUGGUGCCUAGAAUUCAUAGUAUUCCACAAAAAGAAUUUUUGGACAGAUCCAAUUACGUCAAGAUUACCAGCAUGACCAUCUUGUACAAGGAGAAGGAUCAUUAUGAUAACAAUGAAUGGAAGGAAUGGAAGGACAGUUCGAUUGUUACACCAUCAUAG